GAUCUUUGCGGAAGUGGCAUGCGCUGUUUGCAGAGGAUGAAACCUGCUUGGCGAGCACACAGGGGGAAAAGAGCCGUCAGAUGAGCAGGCUCUGUCACAGAAACACGCAGGUGGAUAUGGAUCAUCUGGAAGCACGAAAUCCGCUCUGAAUCCACUUUGACUUCAUGUGAGACUCCUCUGUGCUCCCUUUAAAAGCGGGCUGGCCAGGGAAGAUCCUUUUUUGGAGCAAUGGGUGCACUACAGUCCUUACCUGGACGGCCAGAAUAUAGUGAUCUGGCGGAAAAGACGGGCUUCUCGUUUGAACAGAUUGGAGUUCUGCAUAAAAGAUUUAAGCAGCUGAGUCACAAUGAAGAGACUCUACGGAGAGAUCAUUUCAAUGAAAUCCACGACCUAGCAUUCAAUCCCAUCCGCGCACAGAUCAUAGAGGCAUUUUUUGACAGAAGAAACUUCCAUCAGGAUGGCGAGGGGAAGGUUCAGGAGAUUGGCUUUGAAGAGUUCGUGGUGGUCAUGUCCCAUUUUAGGCCACCGUCGGACCACAUGACAGAAGAGCAGCGUGAGAAGACCAGGAGAGAGAAACUGAGAUUUUUAUUCAACAUGCACGAUACAGACAACGAUGGGACAAUAACUCUAGAGGAAUACAGACAUGUGGUGGAGGAGCUGUUAUCUCGCAGUGGGACACUGGAGAAGGAAACAGCCAAAUGCAUUGCUGAUGCAGCCAUGUUGGAGGUGGCCAGUAUUUCAGUGGGUCACAUGGAGCCUGAUGAAUUCUAUGAGGGCAUCACAUUUGAGCACUUCCUCAAGCUGCUGGACGGAUUUGAAAUUGAAUCGAGAAUGACCAUUCGCUUUUUGAAUAUGGACACAACAACCUUGUGUAAGUGAGGUCGGUAUGCUGAACUAUGCGGUGCAAAAUCAUGUUUUCACUGUAUUGUCUGUUUAAGUUUAUUGCUUGCACUGAAUAUAUGCCUUAUUCAUGUUUGAAUAACUAUGCAAAUCCUAAGACUAUACAUAUGUACAUAUUCUGGAUGUAUUUGAAGUAAUUUGACUGUUAGCAAUACUUGACAUAAUUACUACGCACUUCUAGCAGUUGGACAAAGCAAUAUUAAUCAAAUAUCCAGUGCUAGCUAACCAAUAAUAUGACUCUAUGCAUGCAAGUAUGGAUGCUUGAUAAACAUCUAAAAAUGUUAUUGCAAUAAAUCAAUAAGUCUGAGUAAUCAGGUAUAUAAAGGUCUGUCUUUAAGUGUAUCUGGAUAUGUCUCUAUUAAGACAACAGCCUUUUAAUAAUGUCACAAACAUGACCCCUCUUGGUGCAUGCUCUUCACGUUGUAUUUGCACAAUAAAUGACCCUAUGAAACUGUCCU